AUGUCGCCAACACCAUCAGUGUCUGGAGUUCAUCAGCCGUACAAGCUGAUAGUAGCGAUCGAUUAUGGCACAACUUAUACUGGUAUUAGUUACGUGACCUCCAACAAAACAAGCGACGACAUUGUGAUUGUAACAAGGUGGCCGAACCAUCGAGACCAAUCGUGGAAGGCCCCUUCGAUACUUGCUUAUGCAUCAGAGAAUCAGCAGAAAAUCUCGAGGAACCAUUGGGGAUACGAAUGUACUCGAGGUCUCAAGCAGUACGCAUGGACCAAGCUGUUGCUCGAUCAGCAUGUCCGACUGACCGAACAUGACGAUCCGUUGCUGCGUCAAAUGUACGGUGCUGAAGGAUUCCUUGGUCUGCCACCAAACAAGACGGCAGAAGAUGUUGUGGCCGAUUUCAUGACGGAGGUUUAUCGACACACAAUGCAAAUACUCGAGAGGGAUUUUGCUCAAAUUCUGCGAUAUCUGCCCAUCGAGGUCUGGGUGACAAUGCCAGCUAUCUGGUCCGACGCCGCUCAAAACGCUACCCGCGAAGCUGCCUUGCGCGCAGGGUUUGGGAGUAGACCUGGAGAUUCUGUCAAGAUGAUUACCGAGCCUGAGGCGGCUGCCCUUUGGGCACUGAAACCCUAUCUGGGUCCUACUGCAUUAGACCCAUUGAAGCCCGGAGAGUAUGUGUUAAUUUGUGACUGCGGAGGCGGUACUGUGGAUCUAAUCACUUAUGAGAUCCUAACCGUCACACCUCAUCUGACACAUCGUGAGAAAUGCGUGGGAACAGGUGCAAAGUGUGGCGCAACCGCGAUUGAUCGCGCAUUCGUGCAAUGGAUGGAAGCAAAGUUUGGCGAGGCAUACAUUGCCCUUGACGCAAAGAAACGCGGUCCCGGGAGUUUGUUCAUGCAAUCCUUCGAGUCGCACAAGCGAAACUUUGGUGACCGUAGCGACGAGAGAGAUGUGUUUGAAAUUGGUCCCAUACAACUUGACCUGGAUGUUGCGUCAAUCAAAUAUGAUGAAGAUGAGCAAGUUGUAAAAGUGGCAAGGUACACGAAACUCAGGCUUGACGAUCGCUCAACCGACUAA